CUUAGCUUGUGUGUAUGUUUUUUUUUUUUUUUUUUAAGAAAUGUCACCGAACAUUUAGCAGUUGGUGAACUUUUCCACAGCUCGUGGCUGACGGUGUGAGACCGGAGAGAGCCACAGUCGGUUAGCCGUUAGCUCUGUCAGUCCGCGGAUUUAGACGUCAGUGCCAACAUGGCAGCAGGUAACCAGGGUCCAGCCUCUGCAGGUGAGGACAAGAGCUCUUCUCGCAGACAGACUGAAGCUAACAGAAAGUUGAAGUACAUCAGUUUGACCGUUUUGGUGAUCCAGAAUGCCUCGCUCAUCCUCAGCAUCCGUUACGUACGGACGUUGCCGGGAGACCGCUUCUUUACUACGUCCGCUGUGGUCAUGGCCGAGGUUCUGAAGGUCUUCACCUGCCUCAUCAUCAUCCUGGUCCAGAAAAGAGGAAGUAUCAGGGAUUUUGUGGCCUUGCUGUAUGACUCUAUAGUGGUGCAGUAUUGGGACACGCUGAAGUUGGCGGUUCCAUCGCUUAUCUACACGCUGCAGAACAAUCUGCAGUAUGUGGCCAUCUCGAAUUUACCAGCCGCCACGUUUCAGGUAACAUAUCAGCUGAAGAUUUUAACGACAGCGCUCUUCUCCGUGCUCAUGCUGAGAAAAAGCCUGUCCCGCGUCCAGUGGAUCUCUCUGCUCCUCUUGUUCGCCGGCGUGGCCAUCGUCCAGGUGGAGCAGGACGGCAGCAAGAAGAAGGAGGCCAUCGCAUCGGCCACCUCCCAGAGCUACGUGAAGGGCCUGCUGGCCGUGGUGGUGUCGUGCCUGUCGUCGGGCUUCGCGGGCGUUUACUUCGAGAAGAUCCUAAAAGGCAGCAGCGCCUCACUAUGGCUCCGCAACGUGCAGCUGGGGCUCUUUGGGACGUUCAUGGGCCUGAUCGGGCUCUGGUGGAACGACGGCGCGCAAAUCGCCGAGAAGGGCUUCCUUUUCGGCUACACGCCCAUGGUGUGGGGCGUGAUCUUCAACCAGGCGUUCGGCGGCCUCCUGGUGGCCGUCGUGGUCAAAUACGCCGAUAACAUCCUCAAGGGCUUCGCCACAUCCUUCUCCAUUGUAGUGUCCACGGUCACGUCUGUCUACCUCUUCGGCUUCCACGUAGACAUCCUGUUCACUCUCGGCGCCGGCCUCGUCAUCGGCGCUGUCUACAUGUACAGUCUACCCAAAGCCGCGGCUCCGCCCACCGGCGCCGGCUCCUUCCCUUCCAACUCCUCCUCCUCCUCCUCUUCUUCUUCCUCGCAGACGGACGGGUUCCUUCCAAAGAGCCAGGAAAAGGAGAAAGGAAGCUGAAAGAUGAUGAUUGGAGCAGGACCAUAAGGGUGCAUUUCUUAAACUUUUUACCGAACAGAGAUUUCUUUCUGGAGCACUACAGAUGAUUGUUCUCCAACAUUUACUCGAUUUUUAACAUUUUAAAUUUACAACGUACUGUUAGUUUUUUAUGUGAUGUGACUUGUGUAAGUAUCCGCCCCUUGAAUUGUUCCAUGUUUUUUUACAAUUUGAUUAUUUAUCACAAUUUUAUUAUUAUUAUUAUUAUUAUUAUUAUUAUUAUUAUUAUUUUUAUCGUUGAUCCGGUUUAGGUUAAAACACUAAAAGUGACUAAUUGUGAACGUUUAAAAGAAUGGGAUGAAUACUUUUUUCAAGUCAUUGCACACUGUUCUUGGGGAGGAGAGAACAGUUUAUUUUUAGAUACUAGAUUACCACCAUGUAUUUUAACAUUAUAUUUUCCCUCAUGCUUGUUUCUGCCUUUAGCAAGGAUCUUUACCUCCAGUGGUGGAGAGCCAGCAUCCAGCUCAGUUCAAUUAUUAUUCCGCUCAAACAAAGCAGACACUAACUAAAACUAAUUUGCUAGUUACUUACCAGUUGAAUGUGUUGAGAUGUAAGUGGAUUACAAGCUUUGCUGGACUCUGGUGUGUGUGAAAAUGUUUGUGUAAUAGAAAAUAAUGUAUUGUAUCUUUUUUUAACGCAGUAAUGAUUUCUGUGUGAAAACCCGAGAAUCAAAAUAUUCACCUACUAAUUAUGGGAGCAUUAUUAUUUGCUCCUAUUUUUUUUAUAUUAAUGCUAAUGACAUAACACUGACAAAAGUGGAAUUUAAUACAGAGUGAGACAAAACUAUUUUUAAAACUCUAAUCUUUUUAAAAAAACCCAUCUUUUAUGAUUGCAUACAUUAUACAUCAACUUGGACAUAUAUUAUUCUGUACUGUAUAUCUUUAUACUAUGUAUAUUUUUGUUUAUGUCGUUUAAAGGUUUUUCCUGUUUUUUUUUUUUUUAUAACACUAAGCUGCCUUACCUGACUAAAUAUGUGUAGUGGAAGUUAAUAUACAUGACGAGGCAUAAAUGGUACAGUCAAAUAUUUAUUAUUAUAUAUUUUUUAGUUUCCGUUACAUUUCCGUGAGUAACCUGUAGAUGGAGCCAAAAACUUGUUUGUAACUUGUUUUAACAACACAGGAAUAAAAAGCUGUGAACGCUUGCUUCCUAACUUAAUAAAG